AUGAGAUUGGAACGGAAGGGACCCGCCUCUCCUUUGGGCGUUUCCUCGGAUAAUUCACGAGCAACACUGUUCCAUUCUCUGCCCCUGACAGUCUCUCGUACAUCACUCCCUCCUACUUCCCUCCUCCACAUUCUUAUCCCCACCCGAACCCCCCCGAUGAACUAACCUGCCGCUCGAAGAUGCCUCAGCUCGCAUCGAACUCCGAUAAGUUAGACCCCGACUCCAUUCGAGCUGUGAUUGCCGCAAUCAAUGAGUCCAUUGGGAGGCUCCUGGGGAAUCCUGACCGGUGGAACGAUCUCAAGGCGAAAUGCAUCUUCCUGCUCGCCGAGACCCGGAAGGAGAUGGAGUUCUUCGAGUUUUCGGAGAGUUCUGUGAUAUCGAACCUCUACUGGGGGAUUGAGGGGAUUGAGUCGGUGAUGAGGGCGAAGGGUCGGCCCAAGGAGAGUGAUACCCGGCUCAAGGACUCCGAACAGAUGCUGCAGGUCCCGGCAUUGCUCGAGGAACAUGGGACGACGUCCGGAAUCCCGAAUGGGUAUUUAGUCGGCCUGUCGUACUUCUACCUCGCCGUGGUUAAGAGGCUGCAGGGGGAUGACUGGCAGGUUGCAAUGCACUUCGUCCAGUCACUCCUCGUCGCCCCAGGGCUCAUUGGCGGAGUACUUGCUCCUGAACUCUGUGAGUCUUUAUUCCCUUCUAGGGCCCGGGAAUCGACUUCGGCCGGGGAAAUUGGCGAGGACCGAGCCAUGGAAGAGGGGGCUAUUGGGAAGCUCGCUAGGAGGUACAGAGACCGGCUAAUGUAUUAUCGAGUCGUGCUGUACAAUGAGAGGCUCCCGGGGCAGGAUGGCAACGGAUGCAGCGGCCGGGAUCCGCCGGAUAAUGAAUCAGGAUGUUCUGGGGAUACAGUAUCCAAGAGUUCCGAUGACUCUUUGUAUGAGAAUGAGAAUGGACAUUUCCAGGUGACCGAUUCCAAGGCCAUACAUUUCUCGAAGGAGCAAUCACUGAAGGGAGAUCCUGCUGAUGAGUUAGAUUGGACAAAAGAUCAUGGGUACUUCGAUAGAGGAUCGGGCUUUCAUACCCAUGGUGAUGAAGAGGAAAAAACGAGCACGGAAACCAAGAAAAGGCUCCAGGACAUGCUGAAGGAACCGCAGACGGAUUCAGAGUUGGAUUCGCCGUCUUCGAGUUAUUCACCUAUCGAUGCUGCUAUUGAAGAAAGUGAGGAGGAAGAUAAGGAGGUUAAAAGCUCAAAACAAUAUGCGCUGAUUCUAGCGAAAGAUCAGCAAGCAAAAAGCGAUUGGAUGCAGCUGAGCAAAGAAGUCUAUCCCUCGAAUUUAUCACAAUCCUUUCAUCAUCGACCAUUUGAUGGAGAUUACGGUGUCACGGAAGUGAAAAUUACUAAUAUCGUGCCUCAUAAAGUUCCAAGUCCCAUUAAUGAUUUCAGUUCUUCCAUCUCGAAGCUCAGAGACCAAAAGCAGGAGUUACAGCUUUUCGAUCAGAUAGCCGCCACAUCCCGAAGAGCUGCUCCACGGAAAAGACACAAAAGUUCAUCGAGUAAUAAAGACAACCUCAGAAAAUGUCCAGUAAAGGACCCACAAACCGAUCUGUUGGUAAUAUUUGAGAAGGUGAUCUCGAAACUCUGUUUCUCGGAAGGACUGGCUAAGCUCGAUGAAGAAGAGUCUGUACUUGAAAUCACAGCAAUUUAUGAGAUGCUGAACAACAAGAAAGGAGUGAAGUACACCAUGCUGAAGGAGGUCAUCCUCGACCAGCUUCUGACUGCAAUAUCGACUUCCAAUGAGGAGAGGCUUGUUAGAAUGUCGGUUUGUAUUCUCACAACUAUUGCCUCAGGAAACCACUCGGUUUUACGGGACAUUAAAAGGAAGGGUCUUCAGUUAUGUGACCUUGCGAACGCGCUAAAGAGAAAUGUUCACGAGGCGGCAACUCUGAUAUACUUGAUAAAACCGACUCCAACGGAAAUUAAGACCUUGGAGCUCCUCCCAACUUUAGUGGAGGUGAUCUGCUCCAGGAGCAAUUACAGUAAGCUCAACAAGCUGGCAAUAGAAAUUCCGCUGACGCCUCCUGUGGCUUCAUUGAUGAUUAUUAAGGUGCUAGUCACCGCAUUCGAUUGCUCUACGAACACAACCCAUUUGGCUGUGAUCAACUCCCCACGUGUUCUCCAUGGGCUUAUCGAGGUCGCAAGGGAUUCGGGUGGGGAGGAGUCAAUAGCACUUGCAACGAUCAUUGUGAAGUGUAUGCGGUUCGACGGGCAGUGCAGAGCCCAUAUUUCGCAGUUUACUCCCGUGGCUCCAUUUCUCGGUCUUCUGCAGAGCAAGAAGAAGCAAGCAAAGCUGAUUGCACUUGAGUUCUUCCAUGAAAUUCUUUGCAUGCCCAGGUCGGCAGCCGUAGGCCUAUUGCAUAGGGUACGGAAAGAAGGAGGGGCGAACCUUAUGCAGAGCUUGUUGCUCUAUGUCAGAAGCUUGGAAUCCCAUCACCGACUGUUUGCCGCGAAUUUAUUGAUUCAAUUAGACGUGCUCGAUAACUCGCCAAGCAGGAGCGGGUUCAGUGAAGCAGCUAUGCAGGUCUUACUCGAUUCUAUGUCAACUGAAGAGGACCAGCUGUCAGCAUUUAUUCUAUCCAAUCUCGGGGGAACUUACGCUUGGACAGGGGAACCAUACACGAUACCAUGGCUUGUGAAAAAGGCUGGAUUAACUUCACGUCACCACAGGAACUUGAUCAGGGAUGUCGAUUGGGAGGAUCAAAUCCUACAGGAUACAGAGACGGACUCAUGGUGCAGCAAAGUCGCGAGGAGUGUGAUCUUGAUUGGGAAACCCGUCUUUGAAACCCUCGGGAAGGGCUUGAAGAGCAAGAGCAAGCAGAUCAGCCGAGACUAUUUAACAGCAACUGCCUGGCUCGGAUUUGAGAUCUCCAAGGGCCCACAUGGCCUGAGGUACUCGGCUUUUGACGUAAUAAUCGGUGGGCUCGAGCAGUUCUUACAUCCUGGUGUAGACCUCGAAGAGCGGGUACUAGCAUUGCUGUGCAUCUAUAACUAUGGGUCGGGCAAAGGGAUGCAGAAGCUAGUUCAUUUCUCAGAAGGUGUUCGGGAAUCCCUGAGACGGCUUUCCGGAAUCUCAUGGAUGGCAGAGGAACUGCAUAAAGUAGCAGAUUAUUAUCUUCCCAACAAAUCGAGGAUUUCCUGCGUCCACACGCAAGUUCUCGAGGCAGGCCAAAGUUACAGUGGGCCCGUGAAUGCCCUCAUUUACUACAAGGGGCUGCUAUGGAGUGGGCACUCCGAUGGAUCAAUCAAGGUAUGGGACAUCAAAGGGCAAACGGCAACACUAGUGUGGGACCGGAAGGAGCACAAGAAGGCAGUAACCUGCUUCUCACUCUUUGAGCACGGAGAAAACCUCUUAAGCGGAUCUUCUGAUAGGACGAUUAAGGUUUGGAAAAUGAUCCAAAGGAAACUGGAAUGCAUCGAAGUGAUAAGCAUAAAUGAACCGAUAAAGCAGUUGGAAACACAUGGGAAAAUGAUUUUGGUUGUUCCUCAAGGUCAUGGGAUUAAGGCCUUGGAUUCGUCAAGAAAGAUUGAAGAAAUAUGCAAGAGCAGAAAGGUGAAGUGUGUGAGUGUGAUUCAAGGCAAGAUUUAUGCGGGCUGCAAGGACUCGAGCAUACAGGAACUAGCUUUGGCAAAUUACCGGGAACGAGAGAUCAAGGCGGCAUCAAAGAGGUGGAUGCUGCAGAGAAAGCCGAUAAGUUCGAUUUUCGCCUACAAAGACUGGAUCUACACUGCAGGCUCAGGAGUCGAGGGAUCGAACAUUAAGGAAUGGAGAAGGAACUAUGAGGUCCAGACGAAAAUACCAGCGGAAAGGGCGGCAAGUGUUGUAGCAAUGGGAGUGGUCGAGGACUUUGUGUACCUGUCUUCUACUUCAUGCCCGAGUGUCCUUCAGAUAUGGCUGAGAGGAACGCAGCAGAAAGUUGGGAGAAUAUCAGCUGGGAGCAAGAUCACAAGUCUCUUAACAGCGAACGAUGUUGUCAUUUGUGGGACCGAAGCUGGGCUGAUAAAGGGUUGGAUUCCACUCUAGGGGGGCAUUCCAUUUCUUCAGGCGUUAUGGAAGUGAAAUGACAGCAAGUGUGGCAAUUGGCUUUUUUUUUGGUGGUGGAUUUUGGGACUACGUUAGACUGUUCAUAUCGUGUUAUAUCGUGUCACAGCAUACAAAGGAAGUGUAAAAAGUCGGAACGGGGAAUACGCAUACCAACAUGUACUGGUAGUAGAAAUAUAAUCGUGGCAAUAUAAGUGAUUUGAAAUUUUGUAAUCGGCAACGGUUUACACAAUACAUUUCUGAAUAUAUUUUUCAAGGUCA